AUGGAGGUUGCUGAGAAGAUUGUGGAUUUCGCCAAUGACUACCUCAAGGAGGCCGCGGCAGAGCAGGAAGCCGAUGCGCGUCAGGCUCAAAUUAUGACCGCAUUGGGAAACAUCCAACAAACGCUUAAUUCUCUCCAAGACGAGCAACAGCAGUCGACCAACAUUGCUAUGAUUGGAGGCAGUUUUACUAGCAUCGAAACCUGGCAGACACGGUAUGCAACUGCAAACAAGUUCAAAAAUACCAGCGAGAUCAACACCUUGAUCAAUGAGUUCAAUGAAAAUGCACCAACCUACAUCACGAAUAUUUUCAAUGUUCUCAACGGGCAAGGUCUUGGUCCGGGUACGUCUCCUUUGCUCAAGUCAUGGCAUGACGCUAGCUACAAGAAGAUGUACACUCCUGUCAAUGGCCAGUACACGUUCACUCUCAAGAACUAUCUUGAUGACUAUAACAGUAUCGUCUCAUGGGGUAUUAGCAUGGCUGGCUAUGCUUUGAUGUGCCAGAUCAUUGCACUACGAGUACUCGCAGCCCCUACUAUGUCGGCCAGUGAUCUCCAGGGAGAAGCUGACCAGUACACGAGCCAAUUUACGGCCAACGCAACCGCCGCCCUAGGCGUGGCCUAUGACCAAUUCCCCUCCUUCGUCAAGAAGUUCAAGCCAAACUACACGGACGUCGGCACAAACCUCAAUCAAUGGUUCAGAAUGUGGCUGCCAGGCCAGCAUGUUAAGAACUACGUUGGUUGGACAGGAGAUGGUAUCAACGCUGAGAAUGACCAAAACUACGGUGUCAAUGGAUACAGCCAAAACUUCAUGUACCAGCUCUCCCCAUUAGACUGCAACGACGACGAAGGCAUCUACCCAGCUGUUGAGUUCCGUUUCGACGAGGCGACCCAUCCAAUGAACGGGCUUGCAACGCUCAUUUCACGUGUCGACGGUGCGGGUGUUUUCAUCUACAAGUUCGACGAGGGUGGCUUGAACUCUGUAGGGCUCACCACGACCUUGGAUCCCCAGUACUGGGCCGAGGGUGGCACCUUUACUCAAGCACUAUUCAAUAUCCUACCUGUCAGUGCUAAGGACAUGGGAAAUAACCCUGCUCCGGGCUUUGUUCUCAUGCUGGCAAAUGGUCCACCUGACAAAGUGGCAGAUUGGACUUGGGUCCCAGGUACAGCUUCUCCCCUGCUCUACUGGAUUUUGCGAGAUGACGGCCUGGAUCAAUCAUCAUGGGUACAAACGCCGACGUCUGCCUCCACUGCACCCGGAGAUGACUCGGAUGCACCGUCACCAAAUCCAUCAGUAUAG